UCAUCCACCACCCAAUAAUCCCUCGUCUCCCUCACAAAAAGCCUUCCGAUAGAUUGCUCGGAGGGAGAGGGAGAAGAAGCGAAGCAGAGGAGAACAAUGGCAGCGUCGCUCCAAGCCGCGGCUAUGUUGAUGCAACCGGCAAAGAUCGGCGCCACCGGCCGGAGCCUUGCCGGGCAGCAACUGAGAACCUUUUCCCACCUCUCCAAGGCCUUCGGCUUCGAGCCGGCUGGAGCCGGGCUCACUUGCUCGCUCCAGACGGAUCUCCGAGACCUGGCUCUGAAGUGCGCCGACGCCACCAAGCUCGCCGGGUUCGCUCUCGCCACCUCGGCCCUCGUCGUUGCGGGAGCCAACGCAGAGGGAGUGCCCAAGAGGCUGACGUACGAUGAGAUCCAGAGCAAGACAUACAUGGAAGUGAAGGGUACCGGCACCGCCAACCAGUGCCCGACCAUCGAGGGCGGCGUCGACUCGUUCGCCUUCAAGCCCGGCAAGUACCAGAUGAAGAGGUUUUGCCUCGAGCCCACCUCCUUCACCGUCAAAGCCGAAGGUAUCAACAAGAACUCCCCAGCCGAAUUCCAGAAGACUAAGCUCAUGACUCGCCUCACCUACACCCUUGACGAGAUCGAAGGCCCCUUCGAGGUCUCUCCCGACGGCGCGGUCAGGUUCCAGGAGAAGGACGGCAUCGACUACGCUGCGGUCACCGUCCAGCUCCCGGGAGGCGAGAGAGUGCCGUUUCUCUUCACCAUCAAGCAGCUCGUGGCCUCGGGCAAGCCGGAGAGCUUCGGAGGACAGUUCUUGGUGCCGAGCUACCGGGGCUCCUCCUUCCUCGACCCCAAGGGGAGGGGAGGGUCUACUGGUUAUGACAAUGCCGUGGCUCUGCCGGCCGGAGGGAGAGGCGAUGAGGAGGAACUCACCAAGGAGAAUAUAAAGAACACAUCGUCGUCGACCGGGUCGAUCACGUUGAGCGUGACCAAGAGCAAGCCGGAGUCCGGGGAGGUGAUCGGAGUGUUUGAGAGCCUUCAGCCUUCUGAUACGGAUAUGGGUGCCAAGGUUCCCAAGGAUGUCAAAAUCCAGGGAAUUUGGUAUGCACAGCUUGAGUCGUAGAAGCCAGUAGUGUUGUUAAGUGUCAGAUUAUAUCCUUCUCCUGGGCUCUUUCAGCCUUGAUUUUUUCUUCUUUUUCUUGAAACUAGAGAUAUAUACAUAUAUAUGUAUAUAGUAAGGUUAAUUUCAACCGUGUACUUCCUUCCAUCUGAGCUGUUGGACAAAUGGUGAAGGUCAAAUUUAUCUAAUCCUCCAUGGCUACUACUGUAUUUUGGGCACAAGGUGGCAAAUUAAA